AUGUUCUCUCUCUUUCACGCACUCUCUUUCUUUCAGUCUCCACCUCCUUCCUUCUCUCUCUCUCUCUCUCUCUCUCUCUCUCUCUCUCUCUGUAUUGAAUUUUUAUCUUUCUCAAUUUCUUCAUAUCUAUCUAUCUAUCUAUCUAUCUAUCUAUCUAUCUAUCUAUCUAUCUAUCUAUCUAAUAUGCAAACGUUUUCGCUCCGUUUAUUAAUUCUUUCUUUUUUUCUUUGCCUAAGUACUUUUCUUCUUCCUUGUUAUUUCUCAUUUGCUUUCUCGUUUGUCUUUCUUUUCUUCUUUUUCUUGUUCUCCGUUCUUGUGUUCCUUAAUCUUUUUUCGUACUCUCUCUCUCUCUCUCUCUCUCUCUCUCUCUCUCUCUCUCUCUCUCUCUCAUAUAGUUUUUUUCUUACCUCUGGCCGAUGUUUUCUUCUGUCCCUAAUUUUCCAUCGCAAUUAUUUCUUUAUCAAAGUUCUUUUCUUUCUUCUUUCUAUCAUUUUUUUCUGUUCUUUCUUUCCUCUUCCCUUUCUUAUCUUCCUUCUUUCUUUUAUUUCUUUUCGUCUUUUCCCUUCUCUUUCACAAAUCUCUCUUUAUUCUGCACUUCUUUUCUCUUUCUCCCAUUUACUUUCGCGGCAUCUUCUUCCCCCACACACAUACACUCAUAUAUCCUUCAUAUUAUAG